GGAGGCCGCCGGGGCCCGGGGGACGCGCUCGCGCGGGGGCUGCCCCCUCCCCUUCCCCCCACCCUGGGCGGGGGCGCGCGAGAAGCGGUGACGUCAAGGGGCGCGCUGUGGCAGCACCUCCCCGCGCGCUAGUUAAAAAGAAGAAGAAAAGAGGGAGCGAAACAUGAGAGGCUGUGUGAGAAGCUGCAGCCGCCGGCAGAGGAGACCUCAGCAUCAUCUAGAGCCCAGCGUUGACCCUGCCUCCGCCUGCCCCGCCGCCGCCGUCGCCGUUUCUGUUCCUGCUACUGUACCACCUAAACAACUCCCGUUACACGGACAAGUGAACAUCUGUGGCUGUCCUCUCCUUUUCUUCCUCCUCUUCCAACUCCUUCUCCUCCUCCCACUUGCCAGCCGCAGCAGAAAGCCCCUAACCCAACUGACACUGGCACAACUGAAAACGGUGUCAUCUGCACAACUUUAUCUCGCUCCUCGGGCUCCCCUAAGGCAUUGGACCCAUCGCCGCGUCUUUUAUUUUUUGCAAAGUUGCAUCGCUGAACGUAUUUUUGUCCCCGUCACCUCCCUCUGCCUCUGGAGUGCCCUGCAGCCCCGCAGCCUCCUCCUGGAGCUGCGCCUUAGUGCCUCUGCUGGGCAGUGGCGUUCCCCCUCAUCCUCCCGCGCCCAGCCCCUGCUGCUCUGGGCAGACGAUGCUGAAGAUGCUCUCCUUUAAGCUGCUGCUGUUGGCCGUGGCUCUGGGCUUCUUUGAAGGAGAUGCUAAGUUUGGGGAAAGAAACGAAGGGAGCGGAGCAAGGAGGAGAAGGUGCCUGAAUGGGAACCCUCCGAAGCGCCUGAAAAGGAGAGACAGGAGGAUGAUGUCCCAGCUGGAGCUGCUGAGUGGGGGAGAGAUGUUGUGCGGUGGCUUCUACCCUCGGCUGUCCUGCUGCCUGCGGAGUGACAGCCCGGGGCUGGGGCGCCUGGAGAAUAAGAUAUUUUCUGUUACCAAUAACACAGAAUGUGGGAAGUUACUGGAGGAAAUCAAAUGUGCACUUUGCUCUCCACAUUCUCAAAGCCUGUUCCACUCACCUGAGAGAGAAGUCUUGGAAAGAGACCUAGUACUUCCUCUGCUCUGCAAAGACUAUUGCAAAGAAUUCUUUUACACUUGCCGAGGCCAUAUUCCAGGUUUCCUUCAAACAACUGCGGAUGAGUUUUGCUUUUACUAUGCAAGAAAAGAUGGUGGGUUGUGCUUUCCAGAUUUUCCAAGAAAACAAGUCAGAGGACCAGCAUCUAACUACUUGGACCAGAUGGAAGAAUAUGACAAAGUGGAAGAGAUCAGCAGAAAGCACAAACACAACUGCUUCUGUAUUCAGGAGGUUGUGAGUGGGCUGCGGCAGCCCGUUGGUGCCCUGCAUAGUGGGGAUGGCUCGCACCGUCUCUUCAUUCUGGAAAAAGAAGGUUAUGUGAAGAUACUUACCCCUGAAGGAGAAAUUUUCAAGGAGCCUUAUUUGGACAUUCACAAACUUGUUCAAAGUGGAAUAAAGGGAGGAGAUGAAAGAGGACUGCUAAGCCUCGCAUUCCAUCCCAAUUACAAGAAAAAUGGAAAGUUGUAUGUGUCUUAUACCACCAACCAAGAACGGUGGGCUAUCGGGCCUCAUGACCAUAUUCUUAGGGUUGUGGAAUACACAGUAUCCAGAAAAAAUCCACACCAAGUUGAUUUGAGAACAGCCAGAGUCUUUCUUGAAGUUGCAGAACUCCACAGAAAGCAUCUGGGAGGACAACUGCUUUUUGGUCCCGACGGCUUUUUGUACAUCAUUCUCGGUGAUGGGAUGAUUACACUGGAUGAUAUGGAAGAAAUGGAUGGGUUAAGUGAUUUCACAGGCUCAGUGCUACGGCUGGAUGUGGACACAGACAUGUGCAACGUGCCUUAUUCCAUACCAAGGAGCAACCCACACUUCAACAGCACCAACCAGCCCCCUGAAGUGUUUGCUCAUGGGCUCCACGAUCCAGGCAGAUGUGCUGUGGAUCGACAUCCCACUGAUAUAAACAUCAAUUUAACAAUACUUUGUUCAGACUCCAAUGGAAAAAACAGAUCAUCAGCCAGAAUCCUACAGAUUAUAAAGGGGAAAGAUUAUGAAAGUGAGCCAUCACUUUUAGAAUUCAAGCCGUUCAGUAAUGGUCCUUUGGUUGGUGGAUUUGUAUACCGGGGCUGCCAGUCAGAAAGACUGUAUGGAAGCUAUGUGUUUGGAGAUCGUAAUGGGAAUUUCUUAACUCUCCAGCAAAGUCCUGUGACAAAGCAAUGGCAAGAAAAACCACUCUGUCUCGGCACUAGUGGGUCCUGUAGAGGCUACUUUUCCGGUCACAUCUUGGGAUUUGGAGAAGAUGAACUAGGGGAAGUUUACAUUUUAUCAAGCAGUAAAAGUAUGACCCAGACUCACAAUGGAAAACUCUACAAAAUUGUAGAUCCCAAAAGACCUUUAAUGCCUGAGGAAUGCAGAGCCACGGUACAACCUGCACAGACACUGACUUCAGAGUGCUCCAGGCUCUGUCGAAACGGCUACUGCACCCCCACGGGAAAGUGCUGCUGCAGUCCAGGCUGGGAGGGGGACUUCUGCAGAAUUGCAAAAUGUGAGCCAGCAUGCCGUCAUGGAGGUGUCUGUGUUAGACCGAACAAGUGCCUCUGCAAAAAAGGAUAUCUUGGUCCUCAGUGUGAACAAGUGGACAGAAACAUCCGCAGAGUGACCAGGGCAGACAUCACCUAGAUGAAACACCUUUACCCUGUCCUGUAAAACACUAAAGUUACAUUUUUCACCAACUUAAUUGGAAAGAAGGGGAGUGAGAAAGCAAACAGUCUUUAAUGUGCUGUGGAUCUAAUCUAGCAAGGUAUCCUUGUGCCAACAUGUAAUCAUUAACGACGGAAGAAAAAGCAAGAAAACAGCCAAUUCUUAUAAAAUUCCAGCAUUAAACAUUUGUAAAGUGUUUUUCACCAUAGCAAGACUGUCAGAGUCCAUGUUAUUAGAAUGUUGCAGAUUUCCACUGAAUCGAACCUCACUGGAGAAGAGCUCACUUGUUUUUUUAAAAAUCUUGGCUAUGUAAGCUGUUACCUGUACAAAUUUUUAACAUAAUAAUUCUUGCCAAAUACGACUUUAAAUGUACGUGUUCCUUCAGAACUCAAUGAAAAUAUUCUUUGGUUAAUGUAUCAAUAAAUUUUCUGUAAAUGUUCUGUUCAGGGUUUUAAAGAGAUGACAUGUUCUGACUUAAAACUGCAAAAAGUCUAGUAGAUAUUUUUCUUCAUGGUUUUCAAAGCCAGCUCUCCACGUUUGGAUUUUAACAAAAUAUAAGGCCUCUUUGCACUACUGAAAAAACACAUCUACUCAUGACAAGUGCAUACCCACUAUGGGUGUCCUUCUUCUGUAAACAUCCAUUCCUCUAGAAUCUAAAUUGUAGAGCAGUAUAGAUUAUGCAGCGCCGGCUGACUUUCUAAACCUGCUCCUUACCUUUAGGAAUACAGGCCUCAAUUUAAAAAAUACAUUGUAGCUAGUAUUUCUCUACUGUUUUAAGGUGAGAGAUUUGCAAUUAAAGCCCAGUAAGCAUUUAUAUAGAAGCCACAAUGUAGAAAGAUUGGUUAAGUACACUGCUCUUGUCUUCCAUAUAUGAUUACUUAAGUUUCAAGUGACCUCAUGCCAAAUGGAAAUGGGUUGAGAAAUCUUGGUUCAGUGCUUAGUGAACAAUAGCCUGCAUUAAAAAGUGCAUGCAUAAUUUUGCACAAUUUAGAUUCAAUUGACAGUCUAUUCAAAGAAGUCUCAGGAUUAAAUGAGCAUGGAGACCAAAUUGCCCUCUUACCCCAGAAAAGGGGUGGUCCCUUCUAGUCACACUAACACUUCAUUGGCCCAACAGUGUGACAAAUCUUGCAAUGAACCAUGCAGUAGCCUGCAUCUGUAGGUUAAUAGCAAUCUUUUGUCUCCAUUGCUUUCUCUUCAUAGCCCUUUUACUGAAUUCCAUCACAGAAAGUUUUACAAUUAAAAAAAAAAUGUCCUGACAACCAUUUUUGUAAAUGGACCUUACCAUCUAAUCGUCCCUUAUUCAACGUGGGUGACAUUAACAAAAUGUGAACUUCUUGUGAGGGAGCCAGCUGUCUAAAUCUGUCAAAUCGUGCAGUUUUAUUACACAUUCUCCAAUUCUUCCUAGCUUCCCUGAAAACAAUAAGGAUACUGCUAUAUAUUCAGUAAAAUCUAAAAAAAUCAAGCAUUUCUUCUUACAUCUUUAAACUUUCCGUCUCCUCCCCAAAAUAAAAGGUGUUCUAUUGCCAUUAGUUCUACUGUUUUAAAAUAUCUAUAUUAAGUUGACCAGGCCCAGAUUUUUUAUACAGCUUUUUCCCAAGUGAAAGAUUUUCAAGUGACUUAGAAAAACAUAUGUGCCCCAGGUGUCACUGCCUUUCCUUUUGUGAGUCGUUAGAAUAAAAGACCAAAUUCUUCUCAAGAGAAGAUAGCAAGAUCCACGGAUAUUAAACCAAGCAAAGAAAGUAAAGUCAUUGGAGUCAUUUCUUUCUGUUCUUAGGAGAAAAGUAGAUAGCACUGGCUAAUUGAUGGCAACAUAUUUUAAAUUAAGUGGUCAAUUCAAAAAAUCUCUUUGACCUUUUCUUUCAAGUAGAUUUUUUAAAUGCAUGACUGGAGAAUUAUCUUCAAUGAUUCAUGAUGAGAGGCAGGUAGGAAUUGGUUAAGAAGUAAUAGCUAGGAAAAAAAUAUUGUUUAAUCACAAGAAAGGCAACAUCUGCUCAGUUCAUAAAGCACACAAUCUCAAAUGGAAGAAAUAAAGGUUCUUCGUAAGAAUACUGAUGCAUAAGAUAAAGACAAAAUAAUGCAAAAGAAAAAUGUAUAUUAUUAUUCCCUUGUCCAUUCUCAAGUUUAAGCUGUGGUUGUCAGUUGAAUGUGAAAUGACAUUAUAGUUGUUUUAAAUGGUUGGAAAUAACCUUUCUACUACUGUUUCUGCCACACUGUUGUCCUGGUUCAUAAAACCUUGUUUUCUUGACAGUUAUUUAGGUAAUAAAAGGAACACCAAUUGGCAGAUCUUUAAGUUAAAAGGAGAAAAGAUUUAAGAAAUUGAGUGAUGGCUAAAAGUGCUUCCAUCCAUAACUUUUUUUCUUGGAUUUUUUUUCAAUGUAAUUAUUGUAAAACAUAUUUUUUAUUUUAUCACAAAGAAUACUCGGAAGUUUUCUCAGGUUGAUGAGUAUCUCAUAAAGAGUAGAGAAACCAACACAUACAAUAUAUACACACAACCUAAAUAGAAAACUGUUCUCUUUGUUAUUUGCAUGCCCCAGCGCAGUUACUUCUUCCCUAUUUAGUUCUUUGAAAAUAAUUACAAAAUAGUAUACUAACAAUUUUAAUCCAUUUGCUGUUUUUUGUUUUG